UCUAAUUCACAGGAAACUCUAUAUAAAGCUCCUCAUAAGCCGAUGCAUAAAACAUUAUACACUACUUAGCUCUGUCUUCACUCUUCCCACUACACAAACGCUUGUAAAAUUAACCACCAUGUUAAAACUCAGCAGCAUAUUAAUCUUGCUCUCUCUCUUGUAUUUUCAUCACACGCUUUCCACAGCAACAAAACCUUCCUCUAACACCAAUCAUUCAAACACAGCUAAUGAUGAUGACGUCACCAAUUUCAUCAAAGCCGAAUGCCGAACCGCCACUCUCUACCCAUCUCUCUGCAUCCAGUGUCUCUCCACCUACAACUCCACCACAACCCCGCUGAGCAGCCAUAAGCAGCUGGCUCAAGCCGCUCUGUCGGUCAGCUUAUCCAGGGCUCGAUCCGCGGCUACCUUCAUCUCCAAGGCGGCUCGGAUUAGGGGCUUGAAGCCGAUGGAGUACCGAGCCGUGAAAGACUGCGUGGAAAACAUGGCUAGCACGGUCGACCAGCUGAGCCGAGCGGUGAAGGAGCUCGGCGGAUGGAGUGGGACCCACAACCAGGUGGACUUCAACUGGCACGAUAGCAACGUCGAGUCGUGGGUUGGGGCGGCCCUCACUUUUCAGAACACGUGCCUCGAUGGAUUUUCGAGCCCCGUGAUUGGUGGGAGUGUUGAGGUUGCUGUGAGGGUGAGGGUAAUUGAUUGUGCACAAGUCACCAGCAAUGCUCUGGCGUUGGUCCAUCGAUAUGCAGCCAGGCAUAAAUUAGUUAGAACUACUUCAUCAGAGAGUACUGUCAACUCGCCUUAGGCGCACACACACAUCCACGUGUGUGCCUGUGUGUUUGUGCAUGUUGUCUGUCAUGCGUUUCGUUCAAUUUUGUAUAAAAUAAAGUGUCGGCGUACUUUGUUGCAACUUGUAAAUGACGAAUGUAAAUUAUUUACUUGACUUUGUGUUAAGGCAAAAUGUAUAUAUGUAUUCUUUGUUUUCAAUAUAUUAAUUAUCCGAGUGUUACUCCAUACUUUGUAAUUGUUUCAACAAAUUAAAUCAUAAAUUUUAAACAAUAU